AUGGUAGGGGUUUUCCGGCGUACCGUCUCAUUCCCAAACAAGAAUCCCAACCGUCCAUCACAAAAGCCGCAGAUAUCACACCACAUCAGGUCCAUCAGUUUGCCAUGCAGAUCACACCCUCUCAUCUCUCAGAUCAAGGACGACAUCAACGGCCUAACAACCUGGGCCUCCGCUUCCAAGUUCCACCCUCAGACACACUCUAGCCUCUCCCACGCCCUCAAACUCCUAACCGACACACACGACACUCUUCACGAUAUCCUCCAGCUCCCUCAGACCUGCGACUCCCUCCGAUCGAAACCUCUCUGGGUUGAAAACCUUCUAGAAGAUUUCCUCCGCUUCGUCGACGUCUACGGAAUGUUCCAGACCUCAGUCAUGUCCCUCAAAGAAGAAAACUCCGCAGCUCAGAUGGCUCUUAGAAAGAGAGACCGCUCCAAGCUUGUGCUCUACGCUAAAGCCAAGAAGAAAAUGGUCAAAGACAUGGACAAACUCGUCAGUGGAAUCACGUGCGUCACACAUCAAAUGCACCUUCCCACCGCCUCCUACUCCUCCUCAUUAUCCACUGCACCGUUCGCAGCCGCUGGGGAAGCUGAGCUGGCGCGUGUGAUCUCCGACGUUAUCAGCGUAACGGUAACGGUUUCUGUUGCUCUCUUUAACGGCAUCGCGGCUUCGUUUGCAUCAAGGAGGAUGACGUGGACGAAGAUGGCGAAGUUGUCCAGUAUAACAGGAAGGAGCAAUAGCACUAGAUCAAUGAAUUAUAAGGAGCACGAAGGAAUUGAGGAGCUUCUGGAAGCGGGCGCAGUGGAAGCAGAAGGGCGUGGGAAUAAUCUGAGAAAGAAGGGAGAAGAAGAAGUGAGGUUAGUUCUGAAGAGAAUGAGGGAUUUGGAGAGUUGCAUAUGUGGGAUCGAAAGUGUUACUGAGAAAGUCUUUAGGGCUCUCAUCAACUCAAGAGUUGCAUUGCUCAAUGCUCUUACCCUUACGCAGUAA